CUCAAGAAACCUGAAGCCGCAACAACAAAAGCGGAAGCGCUUUAUUAGACAUAAUAAUAAAACCGUUCAAACAUUUCCAGGCAACCGUUUCUUUAUAUGAUCCUCUGCAUUCAAUUUCUCCGAAUGGUUAUCGAUUGUUGAUCUUUUUGACGUAAUCCGGCGGAUCGUAUUUCUCCGCACUUGCUCCAGGGCGGAUCAUUUGAAUGACAAUGGCCGAAUUUGUAUUGGUCCCCUUUGACAAUGAUUCCCGUAAUCCGCCGGAUCACUCCAAAGCGCCGGUCUGCGUCGGAAGAAUAAGAGCUAGGGUAGGGAGAGGCGAGAAAAAGGGGCUGCUCGGCCGCCACCCAGACGUGUUGUGUGCUGGUGUCAGUCGGAGCAGCGUCGAGAGAAACCCGUCCUGAAUAUCUGAUACAUAGUUUUCGCCUGUUGCGUUAUAUAGUUGUCCUUAUUCUUUCUCUUUCUCUGCUCUGCCAUCCAAACCGAAAGAAACAAGAACAAAGGCAAAAAGAGAGAGAAAGAGAGGUUCGAUAUUAUUCCUCCGGCCCUUGCAACACACCCGCCAGCCCACCACCCCUCCUCCCAAAACAAAAAAGAGAUUUAUGCAUAGACGUUUUCCACGUCUCAACUCUCCCCAGCGGAUAGCGACGCAGCAAUCGUCUUAUCGCGGAGCGCGACAUGUCAAACCGGCCCAGCACUGCAGCGACAGGGGCAGCAGCUUUCUACCCGCGAGACCUGCUCAACGACCGCCAGGUGAAAAGCUGGGGAAAUGUUCCGAGAGAGAACCUGCGGGACCUGCUGGACCGCAUCCAACUCAAACGUCAAAGUGGAGCGGCCGUUCCAUGUUCGACUACUACGACGCCAUUUUUCGCCAGCGAUUGGAAAACGUCAAUCCUUAUGGUAAUGGGCUGUCUGCUCCUGGCCCAGCAAGCCACUUACUCACCCUUCAUUUGGCGGGCUGGCUCAGCUCUGAUUUCGACACUUCUGGCCGGCCGCGAUAACUACCAGCAGCAGUGUUACAUCCAAAUGCCAGUGGACAAUCGAAACGUAUUCCGGCCGCCCGUCGACUGCAAUUUUUGCCGGGACGUCCGUCAAGUCGACAUUGUCCAGCACAUUUCUCCGCAGGAUUUUGAAUCGACUUAUGCGUACAGCGGGCGGCCGGUGAUCGUGAAAGAUGCGCAGGCCAACUGGACGGCAGCGGACGUGUUCAGCUACGAAUUCUUCAGCGAGUUGUACACGAAAGAAUUCGGCGGCUCAUCUUCGGCUCGAUCUCGUCAUCAGCGAUGUCAAUUCUUCCCGUACAAGACGGAAUUCCGCUCGCUCGACGAGGCUCUGACGAUGGGCGACCGGCGCAAAUCCGAGCGGCCCUGGUAUUUCGGCUGGAGCAACUGCGACUCGCAGAUGGCCGACGUCCUGCGACGCCACUAUUCCCGCCCUGACUUUCUACCCGAACGCUCCGAGUCGUCGCGCACCGAUUGGAUCUUCAUGGGUACCAGCGGAUUGGGCGCCCACAUGCACGUUGAUCACGUCAGUUUGCCCUCGUGGCAGGCGCAGAUCCGCGGACAGAAACUCUGGUCGCUGGAGCCGCCGCCCGAAUGUUUCUACCAAUGCCAGUCGAUGGAAAUCACCGUGCAACCCGGCGACACCAGUGAGUUGUUGACAAUCCUUCUUCUUCCGCUCUGCUUUAUUUUUUGGGGUUUGUUUUUUAAUUGGAUAAAUGUCGUGUUGCUCGGUUGCAGUCGUUCUGGAUACCAACAUCUGGUACCACAAGACGAGCGUCGUCUCCGAGGAUGUCAGCAUCACCAUCGGCUCCGAGUACGACUGAGGAAUUCCGUCAUUUCCACUUGACUUUUAAAAGAGCACGGCCUAUUCUUUAGUUAAAGACGUUU